UUGAGACGAGCGAUUUUGCUGAUACCUGCGGAGAAAUACAACUUUUAAAGGCGAAUCUUGGUUCGGACAGUGACGCUUUUGCGACACCUGCUGGACUUUACCGAGAACUUCAUCGAGAUGGAAUUUAAAGAAAUUCUGUCGUGUUAUUUGAUGACUUCUUCUGGCGACGGUCCACAGGAGAAAAGUCAUGGCUCUUAUCUGCAUGACAAAGUGCUCCAGUUCCUCAUACAGCAGGAGGCCAAGAUUGUUCAGCUGGACUUGCAGAAUAAGAAGCUGCAGGAAGAGCUGAGCAAUUCCAGGGGCUCCCAGCUUGUCAUAGCGGAGGAAAGUCAACAACAGAGGGCCACCAUCUCCAGGCUACAAAAACAAAAUGAUGACAAAGAGGAGACCAUCAAACGUCUCACCAGGCAACUGGCGCAAUACCCAAGACCUAAUGACAUGGUGAUCAUUGAAAUUGAGCCUGAGAGCCGUCCUAUUAAGUCCAGAGAUAGAAGAGCACAGGGUGAACUCACAGCUCUUCAGAACAAAAUCUCUGAGAUGGAGAACAGGGAGAUGUCCUACAAGGCCACCAUUGCCUCACUGGAAGACACCGCUCACAAGAGACUGAUCAAGACCUCAAGGUUACAGAGAGCGCUGAAUGAGAAACGGGCCGAGGUCUUCUCCCUCCAUCACAGACUCAUAGAGUACGUGGACUGGGUGGCCGAGCUCAGGGGAGCACCCUUUAUCCCCCUGCCUUCUUACCUCCCUAACCAGAAGCCGCCCCACAAGCGAGUGAGAGACAGCUGGAGGAAGAUGUGGGCCAGGACUUGCCUUCACAUGAUUCCUGAGGAGAGCCAGACCACCUCCCUGUACUGAUCCCCGCUCCACAGCUGCCUUCCCCAUGUCCUCCAAUCAACAUCGCUGCCCCCAAAUAGUGGCUGUGUCUGUCUACUGACCACAGCAAUGCCCCUGCCUUGACCUUCAGUUUCUAUUGUCAUCAUCACCAUCAUUCUCAUCAUCACUACCAUCCUCAUCCUCAUCAUCAUCACCACCACCACCAUCACCACCACCAUCACCACCACCACCAUCAUCCUCAUCAUCAUCACCACCAUCAUCUUUAUCACCACCAUCAUCAUCAUCACUACCACCACUACCACCAUCA